AUGAGAGAUGCGCUACCGACCAUUUCGCGACGCAUAAGAUGCAGUUUCUCAUUGGAGACAACGAGCCGCAUCAUCACAGUCUGUAAAUCGCGUGGCCUGACAGUCACAGCGGCGAUCCACGCAGCCCUAGUAGUAGCCGUACUUCCAUAUGCAGAACGAGACUUUAUCCCAGAGACGCGUGGACAAGGAGGUGGCAAUUAUACGGGUUUCAAUGUAAUUGACCUGCGCAAGUAUGUUCCCGCGCCAUUCAAUGGCCCGGAAACAGCAGUGAGCGUCUACCACACAGUGAUUCCGACUAGCAUAGCCAGCAGCAUACAGAAGGUAUAUAGUCGUGACUUGAGCAAAGACGAACCACGAAACAUCUUCAAACUUUUGGCUGAAUAUGUUGGCAAGGUUCUCGAUCUGUUGAAUACGCAGCCGGAUGACCCCCUACACGCUCCGGCUCAUCCGGAAUUGAGCUCGAUUGGGAUAAUCAUCGAUCAUCCACAGGCACAACACGAAGGUGCAGCCAUGAACAUUGAAGUAGAGGAAUGGUGGGUAGCCGUCGGUCAUUAA